AUGGAAUAUGUGGAAGUGGAGCUUGGAGAUGUAGAUAUCAUUCAAAGCACUGUCCAAAGUCUUCUUGAUUGUGUAGAAAAUGAAAAGAAUCGUAGCUACCAACUUCCACCAUCUAUUUACAUGGUACCUAGGGUCUUUCGUGAACUCAGCCCAAGUUCUUUCAACCCUAGAGUUGUCUUUAUUGGACCUCUUCACAGAGAAGAUAAAAAACUGCAAGAAUUUGAAAGAUAUAAAGCUUCUUGUGUGCAUGAUUUAUUGCAUCGUUUAGAUACCCCAACAGAAGAGACAUUGCAAGCAUGUGUGCACAAGGUAAAUGAUUUAAUAGACAGAAUCAGGGCAUGUUAUGCGGGGAUGAUGAGUACUUAUGGUGACGUUGACCUUGCCAAAAAUGAUGGAUCAGGCAAUAAUAUUAUUGGUACGGAUACCAGUCCUGAUCAUAUUCUUGGCCUUCUUCAUGAACGUUACAGGUCACCAUGCAAUAUUUCAUCAGAUUUGCCUAGUUCAAUAAUCCCAUCUGCAGCAGAACUAGAUAUGGCAGGGGUAAAGUUUGAGCCUAACAGAAAUGCAAAAUGGUCGAUGGCCAUGGAAGUGAAAUUUCGUAGGUUCCCGUGGCUUUUCUGGUUUUGGGGUAAGCCUACUUUUAGAAUUCCUGUAUUACAACUUCAUGAUUACUCUGAGUUGCUUUAA